CUGUGCAAUAGGCAGCCUUUCAGUUUCGUUUCUCACAGAGGGUGUGUCAUGAAGCCGAGCAGCCAUGGCAAAAACUAAGGAAGAAUUCGGAGCAUCUUCCAGCUUAGAUGACGAACUCAGCUGUUCCAUCUGCCUGUCCACGUACAGGAACCCUGUGUCUCUCUGCUGUGGUCACAGUUUCUGCAGGCAGUGUAUCCAGAAGGUGCUCAGUGCCCAGCGGCAGGACAAGGCCCCAUAUUCCUGCCCGCUGUGUAGGGUCGAGCUGGGGCCCAUCCUGGAGCUGCAAAAUAGCUUCCAUCUGUGCAGCAUUGUGGAGGCACAUCUGGCCAACAAAGAGAAGCAGGAUGAUGGCAUUGCAAUGGAGAAAGGGAAAGUGGUUCCCUGUGACUUCUGCCUUGAUGAUCCCAAGCCGGCCGUGAAGUUGUGCCUGAUCUGUGACGCCUCCCUGUGCCAGGCCCACCUGGACAAGCACAACACCAAGGCUUCCUACAGGGACCACGUCCUGGUGGAGGUGGGCACAGGUGACUCGAUGGAGGAGUGGAGGUGCCGGGAGCACGGCAAGGUCCUCGAGUACUUCUGUCAGGAUGAGAGGCUGUUCAUCUGCGUGCUGUGCUUCAUGGCGGGGUGCCACGAGGGCCACAAGAUCGUCACCCUGAAGGUGGCCCAUGACAUGAGGAUGGAUGACCUCCCUCACGCUAUGGAUAAGCUGCAGAGAUACAAAAGUGAUGUAUCUGUCGCCCUCGAGGAGCUUCAGCAAAACAAGAAUCAGAUCGAGACCAGUAUGAAAGCAGUGACUUCUCUGGUGCAAAGCAUGUUUGAAGCAAUAAAGACACAGAUAAAUAAGAAAGAGGAGAAUAUCCUCAGUGAUAUUCAAUCCCGUGACCAAUCACAACUAGCAGAAUGUGCCAAACUGGAGAAAGAGAUGGAGGAGAAGAGAGAUGAGCUUGUGCAACAUCUUCAGACUUUGCAGAAGAUAAGAGAACAACCAAACAGUUUCCACCUCCUCAAAGAAUUUGAACUGGUGCUGGACAGCAUUUCAAAUCACAAGUUCAGCAUCCGCAAGAUGGACGUGUCAGUGGUGGAGCUGAAUGAGGCCACUAUCAACAUCUUCCAGACUCUGAUGGAGGACUGCUUGUCCUGCCUGGACGUGUACCUGCAAGGCAUGCACAGACUACUCACUAACCAGAUUGAGUGAGACAGUGAGGAUCCAGCUGCUGGUAGCAGUUCAGAGAUAUAAUACCGACUGAAGGGAUGAAGAUGUGGACAAAGUGAAUAGUACAUGCAUUCCUGGAAGUGAAGGAGAAGCCAAAGAGUUCAGAACACAGAGAAGAAGAUUGCCCAAAGAGUUCCUUAAUUCCAGGUAGCCACUAAGUGUCUUGGCCUCAUAUAUGAACCUCCCAUUAAAAGCAAUUCUAUAGCAAUGCAAAGUUUGAAAAGAAGUGCCAACAUAAGAAAAUCUCCAACUACAUCAUCUUGUAGCACUAAUGUUACUUGUGUCCUAUUAAUUGUACUGACUAGGUUGUCAUUUUGUGGUAGUGUACCUAAAUAAAGAGCUGUAGAUAUAAAUGAGAAA